AUGCCAGUUCUGAAAGACCAUUACUAUAAGUUAGCAUCUGAGUUACCUAAAGAGCGUAUCUCAGCAGCUACUUCCUUAAUCUCGGAAUUAACUUCUGAAGACAGCCAGUCAGAAUGGGAUUAUGCCUUGAACAGAUUGGUCAAGGGUUUAAUCACAACCAGACAAAGCGCAAGAUUUGGAUUCAGUAUGGCAUUAACUGAAGUGGUCACCGAAUUAAUCAAACGUAAUGUCCUCACCGUGAAAGACUAUUUGAAAUUGGUGUUGGAUACUACUGAAGUCAGGAGUAAUAUGAAGGGGAAGGACGAACGAGGAGUGUUGUUUGGUAGAUUAUUUGGAUUGCAAGUGUUGAUUAACUCCGGGUUGUUAUUGAAAGAACAAACCGACACUGUUUUUGAUUUUAUUGAUGCCUUGGUUCACUUGGCUGGGGUUAAGUCGUGGUUGAGAGAGACUACUAUAUUCACAUUAUGCCAGUUUAUAAAGACCGUCGAGGGCGAAGACCACAAGAACGAGAUAUUGUUGAGAAUAUUACAAAGUAUAAAUAACGCCGGAUUAAACUUGUCAACAGAAGGUAUUGCCGUAUACUUGUCCAUAGAGCCAGAAUUGAGGGAACAGUUGACCCAACAGUUGGUCAAUGUCAAGGCUAAUUGGAAAUUUGGAGAUCCAUUAAAGAAAGGAAACUUGCCUUUGUUGGCCAAGGUUUUAAAAGAUGUGGAAGUCGUUGAAGAUGAAGAUACCAAGAAACAAAAGGGGAAUUGGUCAACGAGAAUUCCAUUCGUUUGGGACCUUAUACUUGCCAACUUUAACCAAAUUAAUGAAGGUUCCGACCAACCAUCCAAGAAGAAAAAGAAGUCCAAGAAGACCACCGUUGAAUCUCCCUAUAUUUCAGCCAAGGAAUUCUUCAAAGUAGUCGUUGAUGAAUCCUUAUUCUCAGACAAAUCUUCCCAUGAACGUAAGUAUUGGGGAUUUGAAAUAUUUCAAAAGUUUUUCACCCUACUCGCAGACACCUCAUCUAUUGAAUACUUGUUCACUCCUAACUUGAUGAGAUGUUUGAUCAACCAAAGUUCACAACUGAAUAGAUUUUUAAACAAGAUUUCAGUCAAUACUUUGCAACUUAUAGUCAAGCACUGCCAACAGAAGCCAGAACUUACACCUAUUGUGUUGAAGUGUUUAUUAGACGAGACAAAAGGAGGAUGUUGGAAUUUUGAUUUAGUUACUAAAUCUCAUACCAUCGACGAGUUGUUUGCCAACGCUUCCAAGUCAGACAUAGCAGAAUAUAUUAACAUACUCUUGGAAAAAUUCGAAUCGGCAUUAUCUACCCAAGAAGGUACCAAUUCCAAGAAAUCUCACGACAACAUUCUCAAGUGGUGUCUUGAUAAGAUUGUUAAUUUGAUAAGAAAGAAUAAACAACCGAUUGAAGAAGUCUUUAAAAUGUUGAUCAAGUAUUCAUUCUUUGAAUCUGAAGUGUCGGAUAAUAUCAGGGACAUCUGCCAAGAAAGAUUAAGACUGAUUCUUGGCGAAGUCAUCAGUGUUAAACGAGACGAUGGCAGAUCGUGGUCUACUUUCUGUUUACAGUUGAUUCAAAAGUUGGAAAAGUCUGAAAAAUGCAUUGUUGAAUUGGAUGAGGAAUUGACCAGCGUCAAGAGCGACACCAUGACUAUUUUGAAUGAUAUUCUUGAAUUAGAAGCCAAGGCUCCUUCCCAACAACUUUAUUGUUUUGAAUUACUCUUUUCAAUGGUAUUAAUGGAGUUGUACAUGAUGGAUGAAGAAACAAUUCAAGUGAUUAACGAAUUAAAAUUGUGUUACGAGAGUCAGUUUGAUAAGUCAGAGGAUAUCGAUUCAGGCAUGGUGUUGACAGAAGUUAUUCUUAGUUUUAUCUCAAGAAAAUCGUCCCUUUUGAAAAAAUUGUCUAAUUUAGUUUGGGAACAUUUUCUUUGUGGUAAGGACGAAGAAGGAAAGUCGAGAUUGACUUUAGAAAGUUUGAAAUUGUUGUUUGAUGUGUUGGUCGCAAGGGAGAACAAAGAAGGUGAGCAAAAGUUGUUUGAAGGUGAAGGUGAAUACGAGGAGGAAAACGGAGAUGAAGACGAGGAAGAGGACGAGGAAGAGGAGUCCGAAGAUUCAGAGUCAGAUUCCGACGAUAAGGAUGAUGACAUGUCUGAAGUUGACAAGCAAACCAACUUAAAACUUGCAGAAGCAUUAGGAAUCCCCACUGGAGAAUCUGGCGAGGUUAAAUUCGACGAGUUGGACUCGUCUGAAGACGAAGAAUACGAAUCUGACUCCAUGGACGACGAACAAAUGAUGGCUAUGGAUGACCAAUUGAGUAAGAUCUUUAAAGAUCGUCAUGAUCAAUUGAGCAAUUUACAAUCUGGAAACAAAAGAAAGUUGGAAGUGUUGGAAGCAAAAGAGCGCAUGAUUUUCUUCAAACAUAGAGUAUUGGACUUGUUGGAGAUUUUCGUCAAGGUCCAACCAAACUCCCACUUCAAUUUGUAUUUCAUCGAACCAUUGAUCAAGUUAAUCAACCUAACCUUGGAUAAGAAUCUUGGAUUAAAAGCUCACAAAUUACUCAAAACUAGAAUUUCCAAGACGAAGAUUACAAGGGAAGAAGUCGAAUUGUAUGCUGAACCAAAAGCGUACCUUGACUCGCUCGUUGAAUUGGUCAAAACGCUUCAAUCACAAGCCAAUGCCACCAAAAUCUCCAAUCAAUCCGUGGUAUCGAGCUAUAGCCAGGGCAGUAUUACAAUUUCCAAAAACAUAAUCAACUUGGAUCCAACUUUGCUUGAAUCGAUUGUUGAUAUCUACUCUGAUUCGCUCAAAUCAUGGACAUUAAGCUCAGACAGCAAAUUACAACCAUCAUUAUUCUUUGAUUUUAUAAACUGGAUAAACUCCAAGAAGUCAUCUAUUUAA